AAGCGACCAUGGGGUGCAUUAAAAGCAAAGAAGAUAAAGGUCCAGCCAUGAAAUACAGGACUGAUAACACUCCAGAACCUAUUAGUUCCCACGUCAGCCAUUACGGGUCAGACUCCAGCCAAGCAACACAGUCACCGGCAAUAAAGGGAUCAGCAGUUAAUUUUAACAGUCAUUCUAUGACUCCUUUUGGAGGGCCCUCAGGAAUGACACCCUUUGGAGGAGCAUCGUCUUCAUUUUCAGCUGUGCCAAGUCCAUAUCCUAGUACUUUAACAGGUGGUGUUACUGUAUUUGUGGCCUUAUAUGAUUAUGAAGCUAGAACUACAGAUGACCUUUCAUUUAAGAAAGGUGAACGGUUCCAGAUAAUAAACAACACGGAAGGCGAUUGGUGGGAAGCAAGAUCCAUUGCUACAGGAAAAACAGGCUACAUCCCAAGCAAUUAUGUAGCUCCUGCAGACUCCAUUCAAGCGGAAGAGUGGUAUUUUGGUAAAAUGGGCAGGAAGGAUGCAGAAAGACUACUUUUAAAUCCUGGGAACCAGCGUGGUAUUUUCUUAGUAAGAGAGAGCGAAACCACUAAAGGUGCUUACUCCCUUUCCAUACGUGACUGGGAUGAGGUCAGAGGUGAUAAUGUGAAACACUACAAAAUCAGAAAACUUGACAAUGGUGGAUACUAUAUCACAACCAGAGCACAAUUUGAAUCUAUUGUGUCUUUUACAGGCAGCUUACUAGACUUCCUGAAAGAAGGAGAAGGGAAGUUCUUAAAACUCCCACAGCUGGUGGACAUGGCUGCUCAGAUUGCUGAUGGCAUGGCUUACAUUGAAAGAAUGAACUACAUCCACAGGGAUCUCCGGGCAGCCAACAUUCUUGUAGGAGACAAUCUUGUGUGUAAAAUAGCAGACUUUGGUCUAGCAAGGUUAAUAGAGGACAAUGAGUACACUGCGAGGCAAGGAGCUAAAUUUCCAAUUAAAUGGACUGCUCCAGAAGCAGCAUUGUAUGGUCGGUUUACAAUCAAGUCAGAUGUGUGGUCGUUUGGAAUUUUACUGACGGAGCUGGUAACAAAGGGGAGAGUGCCAUAUCCAGGAAUGGUGAAUCGGGAAGUUCUGGAACAAGUGGAACGUGGAUAUAGGAUGCCUUGCCCACAGGGCUGCCCAGAAUCUCUCCAUGAGUUAAUGAAACUAUGUUGGAAGAAGGACCCUGAUGAGAGACCAACAUUUGAAUAUAUACAGUCUUUCCUGGAGGACUACUUUACUGCUACAGAACCACAGUACCAGCCUGGGGACAAUUUAUAAGCCAACAGUCUAUAUAACAUGCACAGAUCUGCCAAAUGUAAAAGACUUGCAAAGAAUUCCUGACAUCUGUAAGGAAUCAAAGGAAAGAAAAUCUUCGCUACUUUGCAUGCUCUUAAUGGCAAACUGGAAUUUCAUAAUACAGUUGCACAAAACCACUUUUCAAGUGUUAUAAUCUAAUUUACCAAUGACAUGUCUUUAUUUCCUAUUUCCCAAUUUAUUUCAGGGUCCAAAGGAAGCUUACUGAAAAUGUGAGGUAGUAAAAUGAGUGUUGGUGUGAACGGUAGCAGAAAAAAAAAUGUUUCAUAUCCUUUAUUUGUCUAAUCAUCUUCUGAAAGAGGGAAUUGUCUGGAAGUGAUCUUGAGGGAGGACGUUUUUAAAGCAAAAGAACUUUGUGGGACCAAACAAUUCCAUUCCAGUUCUAUAAAACUUCUAUGUCCAAAAUUAUGUCCCCCCAAAUAUGGUACAACCAUAUUUGAUGCAUAGUCUUGAUCUUUAAGCUUCCUCUUGCAUGGUCUGAAUUAGGGUAGGCAAGUUAAAAGAGAAAUUGGAAUGGUGAGUGACGAAGUUGAUCUGAAUGGUACACCUCAAUAGCGAAAUUAGAGAGCAUAACGCACUGUGUUAAUACUUGUAUUAAUAUAACUGGAAAGUAGCAUGAGAGAUUUUUCUUUUUUUCUUUCUACGUAGCUAAUUAAGAAUAAUGAAGGUAACUAGAAAAUGAGGUAAUAUUUUAUAAAAUUAUGUGAUAAAGUAUGGUGAUAUUUGAACUUGAAACUAUGUGAUACAAUCGGGGGAGGAAAUCCUUUAAAAAUUGUAAGUUCCAAUCCUACAGUGAGCUCUUAAGUGGGAAGACUACCUGAACAAAGCUCACCUUGAGAGCUAGGCUGGAGUUGGUAAAUGGACGCUUCUUAGUCCUUUUGCAGAGACAGAUUUGGUACUGUUGUAUGUGGCUCGUAUGUGUUAGUAAGGGUGGGUGCCACAAACAUUAGUUGUCACUAGUUCAGGGAUUUGAUUGCACUUUUGCUUUUCUUGACUAUUAAGACACCCUAAACACAGUUGCUCUUCCCUCUUAUGCCCUUCUUACAGAAUUAUUUAACUAAAAAUAAACAAAAGAAAAUGUGAAAACUUAAAAACUAAAGGGAGAAAAUAUAUUUAAUGUUGUCCGAAUAUAGUGACAUGGAAAUUUGCUGGCAGUUGGCCCAGCUCACACUACAUCCAAAUUUAUUUUCUUUGGCUACUGACAUAUCAAGCAAUAACAUCAUGUCUUUUAUUCAGCAAUUUGCAUGACGUUUUUGAAUUUCUGAUCGAGCUUAUAUACUUUAAUUUUGAAACACUAAACUCUUAGGUAGCUGUCAGGUUUGAAUUUGUAUUAGCAUUGUAAAGCUAUCCAACAAAUGAUUUUCAGAAAAGCUGAUGAUAUAGUUCUGGUACUAAACCUACCAUUUUUCAUGAGUUUAUACUCAGUUGAAUCCAGCUACCAAACGGAUCUUUGGAAGAACAGUGCCAUCAUUUUCCAUUUUCUGUCGUCAUCACUCAUCACCUAUACAUUUGUGGUUAUCAAAUUUUAAAAGGGCUUUAUGUAAGAAAAACAAAACAAAGAAACAAAAAUAAAAACCCACAAAAACAACAAAAUUAAAAAAAAUAUAUAUGAUGGAAUUUUAAUUUUUCUAAGUAUUUUAAAAUAAAUAACACAAUCAUGUGAGUUUAUGUAUUAAUACAGCUAUAACAAAAAAUGCCAAAAAUGACAUUGGCAUUGUUUGGAUUUUAAUUACAGAAUGGAACAGUUCAUUGUAAUAACACUUGUAUAGUAAAGGAAUAAAACACUAACUUAAUGAACGUGUUCAUUGUAAAUGGUUGUGUAUUAUAAGACUUCUCCAAAAGAGUUUGUAUGUUUAUGAAAAUUUAUUUGUUUCACCUGAAGAUCUUGAUGAUGUGGUUCUUACCCUAAUGGAAUUUAAAAUUCACAUUCACACUUUUUAUAUAAAUAGUAAUAAGCUUAAUUAUGUAACUAAGUAUUUUUAUAAAGUAUGGCAUUGUUGAACUGUUUUGCAGAAUUGGUUCAAAAUAAAUUUCUCCUUGAUUGCA